AUGAUCCUCCUCUCCCCCCUCACAACGGCACUCCUGUGCCUCCUAACCCUCACCACCGCAACAAACACCACCACCACCCCCUUCAACCUCCACUCAACAUGGGGCAACCUAUCCCCCUACACCUCGAGCCCAGGCUUCGGCAUCCCCCCGGGCACGCCCAAGACCUGCCAACUAACCCAAGCGCACAUCCUCCACCGGCACGCGCAACGCUAUCCCACCUCCUACCUCCUCGACGCCGACAGCAUGGAAUCCUUCGCCCAGAAGCUAAAGAACUACACUCAAGCACACCCAAACAGCACCCUCGCCACUGGCCCUCUUUCUUUCCUCAAUAACUGGAGAUACCUCAUGGGCACAGAGGCCCUUCUCCCCACCGGCGCAGCGACGGAAGCUACCUCGGGUGCAUUCCACUGGUCCCGGUACGGACGUGUAUUGAGGAGCAAGCCCAUGUUUAGGACGACAUCGCAGGCGAGGAUCUUGGAGAGUGCGAGGUGGUGGUUGAGCGGCUUCUUCAGCAACAUCGCAGCCAACAGCUCCUCCGAUGACUACGACCUGGUGAUCAUUCCAGAGGGCGACGGCUACAACAAUACCUUGUCAGGAAGCUGUCCUAACGGGGAUACUUCAGAGGGAGACGACUCCGCCGAGCAAUUCCUCAAGAUCUACACACCCCCCAUCAUCACCCGCUUCUCCCAGUACCUCCCCUCAACCCUAAACCUAACCUAUCUGGACAUCCUCUCCAUGCAAAACCUCUGCGCAUACGAGACCGCCGUGCUCGGCACCUCCUCCUUCUGCGCGCUCUUCACCCCCUCCGAAUGGGAAUCCUACGCUUAUAUCCUCGAUCUGCAGUUCUACGGGGACUACGGCUUCGGCUCUCCCUCCGGAAGGGCCCAGGGGAUCGGCUACGUCCUCGAACUAGCAUCUCGUCUUCAGGGCAAGGUGAUCGAGAAGCAGGUUGCGAACGUCAACAUUACGUACGACUCGAACCCGAGCACAUUCCCGCUGCAUCAACCACUCUACCUGGAUAUGUCUCACGACGACGUGAUCGUGUCUGUGUUGGCUGCGCUGGGUGUGGAGUACUUCAAUAUCGGGAAGGAUGGAAUGAAAGGGAAUAUCAGUGCGAACGAGGUCCCUCUGAAUCGCACGUUCCGGUUGAAUAGGAUUGCGCCGUUCGGGGCGCGGUUUGUGACGGAGAUUUGGAGGUGUGAUUCUUCCUCUGCUGCGGAUAUUGAGGUGGAUGCGGGUGGGGAGGUGGUUUAUGAGAAUCCGACGGUUAGUGAGGGGGUCGGGAAGGAGUAUGUGCGGUGGGUGUUGAAUGAGAUGCCCGUGCCGGUGGAUGGGGUGUCUGGGUGUGAGUCGGAUGGAGGGAAUGGGUUUUGCUCUUUGGAGGGGUUCCUGGGGGGUGUGAAGGAGAUGCAGGAGUUGGCGGGAUUCGAGGAGGCGUGUAUUGAGGGGGCGGGCAGUGGUGGGGGCCAGGUUGGGGAUGGAAGGCCUUAG